AGAUAUUUUCCAUUUGGUUUCUUGUUUCGCAACUCGCUACCGUGUAAUAGCAACAAUUUCAUUCAAUCUUCAAUUGGUGAUAUUCAUUAGAAUUUGGAUACGUUGUAUACUUUACAGGUCCAUCGACUAGGUAGCUGAAGCAAAAGGUUCAUCUGCAUAUCAAACAGAGCAUUUUGGGUCUUACGGUAUCGAUUUUCAGAUUUUGGUGAUAGAAAACAAAUAUUUUUGCAGAGAUAGAGAACCUAUCCAUCACUCGUCAAGGCCAAAAUUUAAUCUAGUCAGUAGAUCACAAAAGUUACACUCACAUCAUACUUCAGAAAAAUGGAUGGAGAGACAAUGAGAAAGGAAAUGAUGAAUGGGGGCAAUGGUGCGCAAGAAUACGAAAAACACCCUACCGGCUACCAAAACCACUCACAGCAUAUCCAGCGCAGCCCUUCGAUGGACACAACCAAUAGGCAUCAUCACAGACACAACCAACAACAAUUCGCUAAGCCCCUGCACCCGACUCAGCGCCAUCCAGAACAACAGUACCACGGAAAAGCACCGAGCCACUAUCCUCGGAGAUACGACAACAGGGGAGGUUACCCAGCCUAUCCACCACCGGCUCAAAUGAUGAAUCAGAAUCACAUGAAUCACUAUCAUCCUCACUAUUCACCACGAUCUCGUUCACAUACCCCCAGGGUUCAAACGGUUGUUUCUCACUCGUUUAGCAUGGAGGAAGAGCAACGGGAGGAUGGUUCGAGUCGCUAUUGCGGAGGGCACCACCAUCGCAGUCCAAACCAGCGCGACACGAGUAGCUAUCCUGGGGACGAAUACAGAUCGCCAUCGGGAGAAUUCAGUGCCGAUCGAUCGUCACACCAACAUCAACAGCGAGAUGCUCAAGAUCAUUCGUUCCAACCGCCACCACCGUUACCGCCACACCACUACGGCAGCAGACGCGACUACCAAUACGUUAACGACCGUGAACUGCCACCGGUGCUGGAGGAAUCUAGAAUUCAAAUGUCGCCUGGUGGGAUGAUCUCUAGAACAGGCGACCAAGUUGUUUCGAAGAGGGAACCACCAAGUCCUCCCGUCGAAGGACAGGCUCCUGGAAUCGAACGCUCGCUAUCGUCUGUAUCCACCGGAGGACCUUUGAAGCGAAGUUUCUGGCAUCAUUCUCGCCCGGUAGAUGCAAUGAAUGGAAAUGACGUAUCUAUGCCAGCAUCGUCAUCACCCUCUCUACCUUCCGAAUUUCUACCUCCGAAACGUAGCAAAACAGGCGAGUCGAAAUCCCCCGGAUCACCGAAACGAGAGAAGGAGUACACAAUGACACCGCGUUCUCAAGCCUCUCCGAACAGCGAUCGGGAACACCAACAGGAGCAUGAGCACGAGCAGCAAAUAAUGGAUAUUCCUGGAGGGAAUGGUGGCCUGGGUUCUUUAGGUGGUGGAAUUCCUACAUCUACCUCCGAUAUAGGAUUAUCUCCUUCUGGUGACUGGUACACUAACCGCGCCCGUUCCAUGUCAUGGGAAGCCCGUGAGGAUUACUACCGCCGAGACCCUCGUUCUGCUCCUUCUUGGUCUUCGAGGAGUCCAAGUGGGCGUGACGGUCCAGCUCCCGUUAACAGUGGAAGUGGAUCACACUGGAUGGAGGCUCCGUAUAUGCCAUCGCCGCGAGGGAGGCACACAAGGGAUGGAAGUCAUUACGAUAUGCAUUUGCAGCCUUGGGAAGCGUCUCCAAGAGACUGGGGACACCAUGCCCAUCACCUUCCCCACCAUCCUCACCAGCCACCUCAUCUUCAGUAUUUAGCAUGGCCUGGCAGGAGCAAUGGCAACGGAAGGGAAGAAAGCGAAGAAGGGAAGAAAUUCAGAGGCCACGAGCAUGGGGCAUUCGAUAGCGAACAGAAACAGUCUCAUUUGCACUUUCCAGUUCGUGGUGCACCACCUUUGCUUCCACAACCGCAUGGAAUGGGUCAUAUAAUGGGACCACCCAUGCAAACAGGCAGCGGUGGAGUGGAUCCAUCAAUUAUGAUGGAGGGGCAAUCAGGGGAUAUGAUGAACAGCGAUAGAAGGGGGGUAGACAAGAGCGGCCCAAUUAAGCUUUUGGCUCUCCCAGAGGAUCGCAUUUCCUUGAGUGAAACUCUCUGUAUUGUACGCGAGGUAAGUGAAUAGAAAUAUGCACGCAUAUUACACACAACAUGUAUUGUGGCUCUUCACAUCGGAUUUUCUAAUCGUCGAUUUCUGUUUCGUUUCUUGCCUUACUACAGAAUGUUGAAGUAUUUACGGCAACCAUCGAAGACGUCGAGGCACCAGCCCCAGGCCGCAAACAUGCGGUCACCGUUGGACAAGUUGGUCUCCGCUGCAUCCAUUGCCGCCACACAACUAGAUCGAGUGAGCGCGUGAAGAGAGCUGUGUGCUACCCAUCCUCAAUAAAGCGAAUCUACCGCACCGUUAUUGAUAUGAAGCUGGACCACUUCCUACACUGCAAAUUUGUACCACAGCCCUUGAAGGAUACACUUCAAGCUCUGAAAGCUAACAACACGAGAAGCACUGGAACUACAAUGCAAUAUUUUAUUCGUGCUGCAACAUCUUUGGGAAUGGUAGAUGGUCCAAUGGGAGUACGUAUCGCAGAUAGUAGUAUACCUACUGUACCUAUGUCACUUCAAUCUAGUGGAAAAAACAAGUUACCGAAGCCAUCUUCCUUACCGACAAAGGGUAAGGAGCAUGUUCCUUCCAAGAUAAAUUCAAAGAAUCCCGGGGAACAAUCGGAAUCUUCCUCUGGCAGAGAUAUUCGUAUCAAUCGAACGAGUUCAUCGAUGUCUACAGAAGGCACCCCUCAGACCUCGGUUUCAACGGACGAUCUCCCAUCGGAGCUAUUUACGGGCAAAGUCGCUCUCUCUGUUCCAGAGGACAAGAUGUCGCUGAGCCCUCUCAGAUGCUUUCUUCGUGAACAAGUUUGUGCCUUCUCUGCUACCGAGGAAGAUAUUGCUGUGAGAACUCCGACGACGUUCGCUGUUUCCGUUGGUCAGGUCGGAAUCGGAUGUAUCCACUGUUUGGGCCAGCCCGCCAAACUGCGUUUAAACAGAGCAGUUUGCUUCCCUUUUUCCAUCACCCGAAUCUACCAAUCCGUGGCAGACAUCCAGCGAUUUCAUCUGGGUGAAUGCAAAAUGGUCCCGAAGGACGUGAAGGAGAAGUUUUUGGAACUACAGAGCCAGAGCUCGAAGGGCUCCAAGGGUCUCGCCACGCGCCAGUAUUGGGUGACAUCCGCUAAAAAGAUCGGCCUUGUCGACACAACGAAGGGAAUACGGUUUUGCAGGGACCCUGCGAUUCCUGAGAACAAACCCGUUUCGCUCGACAUUCUGGCACAGGUGGCUUCUAAUGUGACCACAGUGAAUAAGCCACUUGUUCUGCCGGAAGACAAGCCGCAGAUCGCAGAAUUCCUGUUUGUCGUAAUGGGGCAGCUGCAGCCCUGUCGUUUCACUGAGGCCGACCGGAACAAGAGGCGGCUGAAGGACGUGGGUUGUAUUGGUGUGGAAUGCAAGCACUGCGCCGGUCAGGUAGACGGACGAAAGUUUUUCUGGUCGAGCGUGAACGCGGUCGAGUCAAACUUUGUCUCGGUGCACACGCACAUGAUGGAAUGCCGAAUGGUUCCAGAGGAGACCAAGGAAGAGCUCGCCAGGCUAAAGAAACUGCGGAAGGAACAAACCGCGGCUCUGAAAACUGGUUCCCAGAAGUCGUUCUUUGCCAGGGUCUGGAAGAGACUCCACGAAGAACCAAAAAAGGAUGAGCCAAAGGACGAACAAAAGGACGGUGAACAACAAGAUUCCACGACAAAAGAAGGAUGUUCGGAAAGAGCAGCAGAAGCACCAAUCGAAAAAACAGCAGCUGCAAGCGAAAAAGCCACCGCAACCACGGACUCUACUGCGAAGGCAAGCUUCAGCGUGAGCUUGUCACAGGACACACUGGACUUGGCGAUGACGACCCCGACCACGUCGCCCGCGUCCGUCGAAAAGCCGUUCACGGAAAUCAGCGUGGGGAAACUUUCGCCGGGUUCACCCGAUUCUACCCAGAAAAUCGAAGCCGUCAGCGAUAAGAUGGCGGUAGUGAGGGUAUAGUACAAACCAAAUCAAACCAAACCAAACCAAGGGAAGGGAAUGGAACGAUUGGGUUGGUUUUCAUGUAUUUCGUUCCAAAGUAUUUAUCAUGCUGGGGCAUGAUUGAACGGUAUUACAAUGUUAUGGUGUUUGGGUGCACCCACGGUGUCGUCUCUUUCUCUAAUCUUAUGGCCUAUCCGGUAUACUAUUCGAUCUAGAACGGACCGAGGGGCUACAUUCAUAACAGCAAUAAAAAUAAACUUCGUAGAAUACA